CCCGGGUCGCGCUCUAAGUGAGGCGCCAAGCGGUCUCCGCCUCAGGGUCUGAGGCUGCGAAAGGGGCGUAACGAUGAGUGGUUCCUGCCAGAGGUCUGGGGAGGAUAAAAAGCAGGAGGAAGAGGCGACGGCGGCCUGUGGACGUCUUGCAGGGGUCCCCGAGGCCAAGCAGGGUCCCAAGGCCGAUUCAGACUCCGACCUAGAGACGGAAGGCACCCAUGGACUUGGAGAACUGGUCGGGGACACCCUGUACCUGAGGUCUUGCUGGAUCCAUAGCAUUGUGCCCAUCUUCUGCUUUCUGUGCCAAGGGAGUGCCCCAGAGCUGAACCUGCUGCACGGGGGCCUGAGGCCCCAGGGCGCCGGUCUCUGGCUUCCUCAUUGAGCUCCAAUCCAUAUGUCAAGUGGCUGAACUUUUGGGACGGUAGGCUCUAUGGGGCAGGUACAGAGGCCCUGGCAGGUGCCCUGAGCAAA